GCUGCUCUCGCUCGCGCUUUUUUCCAGCCCCCCCCCCCCCCCCCUUCCCUUUUCCCUUUUUUUUUUUUUUUUUUUUUUUAAAUUUCCCCUCUCGCGCCCUAAAGGAGUUUGUGGACAGCCGGGCUCCUUCAUUCCCGGCUGUGCCGCCGCCGCCCACCGCCAGCCCCCGCCCGCGGCUCCGCACGGCCGCGGGGCAGCGCCAUGGGCGCCGGCAGCUCCGCCGAGCCGGCCGCCCCGCAGGACGGGGCCGGGGCCGCCGCCGAGCCCCCCAGCACUCCCCCGGAGCCGCUGCCGGCAGAAGACGCAGCGGAGCCCCAGCCACCAGCCGAGCCCGCCAAGGCUUUAAAUGCAAGUUUACCAGUACCUGAUGUUAGUGAAGACAAUUUGAAGGAUGAUGCCUCACCACAGGAGCCACUGCAUCUGGGAGCUGUUUCAGCAUCUAAGGAACUGGAUGGGCAGCAGUCAGAGGUGGCUUCAUCGCUCCAAGAACCACCCAGAGAGCAAACAGAGUCUGCUGGAGCAAAUGUUGGACAAACAGAACAUUCCAGUGUAACUGUGAAGGAAGACACUGAAACUAUGGAGACAAAUCCAUCUGACUCGGGCACCAAGGACAGUGUAGAUGCCGAGAAGGAGGAUGCUCAUUCAAUUAAGCAGUUGCCAGCUUUAGAAGAAGUUGCAGAAGACCAGGUGGCAGAGCCACAGUCUUAUGAUCUGGGUUUUAAAAAGGUUUUUAAAUUUGUUGGGUUCAGAUUCACAGUGAAGAAGGAAAAGACAGGAAAAUCAGAACCAGUUCAGCUGCUUACUGUGAAAAAGGAAACACAGGUCCCUGAAGGAGCUGAUGAUCAAAAAGAAGUUGCCUCAGAAGAAACAGCAGUGCCUGAGGAUGUACUCUCUGCAGAAGACAAUACCAAAGAUACACUGAAAAAUGAAAAAACAGAAGAUGAAUCUCCUAAAAUACCAGAAGCAACUGAGAUUUGUUCUCAGCCAGCUGCCUUAGCCACUGAAACUGCAUCACCAUUAAGAAAACUUUUUACUCAAGGAUGGACUGGAUUUAGAAAAAAGAAAAGUUUUAGGAAGCCUAAAGAAGAUGAACAACAGUCUCCUGUGAAAGAAGAGGAGAUAGAAAAAGAGGAGACAACAUUAACAACUGAAAUCAGUGAAAAGGAGGAGAAACCUGAGUCUGAGAAGCAAGAUGAAGAGAGAAAUGUGACAGCAGUAACUGUUGAAGCUCAUGAAAAGGAGCAAACUGAAGGUGAAAUGCAGGAGUCAGAAAAGACUUCUACAGGAGUUGAAGGAAGUGAAAAGAAAGAGGUAGUCAAGUGUGAUGAUCAGGGACAAAAAGAGGAUCCAGCAGCAGCAGCUGUAAAAGAAAGUGCAGAGGGAAAAAAAGAUGAUCAAGAAAGGAAACUGGUGGAAGUCCCAGAAAAUCUUGGUAAAGAGGAAGAAAAAACUGAAGAAGGAGAGAAAGAAGGUGAGGUGACAGAGAAACAACUAAAUACAAAGUCAGUGGUACCUCUGGUCACUGACACUGUGAACGGAGAAUUGACAACAUCCUCAAAAGGCCUACCUAUGGGAGAAAAACUGGAGUCAAUGGAAGAAUGUGAAAGAGAUAACAGGACUGAAAUAGCCUCUGAAGUGACAUGUGAAACAGGAUCUGUGGCAAUGGAAAUUUCUAGUGAUCAGCUUAGAAAAUCUGAAGAAAGAGAAGGAAGUAAACAUGCUCUACUUGGGAAAGAGACAUUAGAUGAAAAAACAGAGGAAGCAGAUUUAAAAAUGUCACCCACAGCAGAAGAUGUUGCACAGGGAGAAGCUCUGGGUAGAACCACAGAGAAGAAGGAAAGCAAAGAACAUGAAACAAAGUCAACUCUACUCUUUUCUACUUCUGAACAAUCAGUUGUCACAGAGGAUAAUCAACAGUCAGUCAAACCUGCUGAUGAAGGACUACAGGGAAAACCUGGCACAGAUAUGACUGAUACUGUCAAAGCAGAUGAAACAACCAUGGAAGUAACUUCUGAAGAGGCAGCUGGAAAGAGGCCUCCAGAAGGUAUCACAAAUGAAGCAGAGCUCCUGUCUUCUCAAGAAAAGACUAAACUACAAGGUAGCCCUUUAAAGAAACUCUUUACAGGUACUGGAUUGAAAAAACUGUCUGGAAAGAAGCAAAAGGGUAAAAGAGAAGAAUCUAAGUUAGGGGAACAGGGUGAACCAAUUCAGCACUUAUCAGAUUCCCCAGAUAGCCCAGAGGAACAAAAGGGGGAGAGUUCUGCUUCUUCUCCUGAGGAGAUGAAUGAAAUUCCCUCUUUGGACAAACCUGCAGAUGGAGUGCAGGUCACUGAAAGUGAAGACGCCACGAUUACAGAUGUGGAGCGAAAAAGGGAAACUGUCACACCUUGGGCAUCAUUUAAAAAGAUGGUGACUCCCAAGAAACGUGUCAGAAGGCCUUCUGAAAGUGAUAAAGAAGAAGAAAUUGAUAAGACAAAGAACGUUGCAGCAUCUGGGACUGAAAAUGUUGUUGAUGAAAAUCAGGGAGAAAUACAAGAAAAUGGGAUUGACCAGAAACCAGAGAAAAUUACAGAAGAGCCCAAAAGAAAAGUUGAUGCCUCUGUCUCCUGGGAAACUUUUAUAUGUGUAGGUUCUUCAAAGAAAAGAGCCAGGAAGUCAUCAUCAUCUGAUGAAGAAAGCCAAAAAGUAGAAGAGACUGGACAGAGCAAAGAAACAGCGCCAGAUGCAGUUCUUACUAGCUCUCAGGAGAGUGAUCAAGGUCAAGGGAAUUCUUCCCCAGAACAAGCUGGAAGUCCAUCCGAAAGUGAAGGUAUUUCAACAUGGGAAUCGUUUAAAAGGUUAGUUACUCCAAGAAGGAGAUCCAAAACCAGAAUGGAGGAGAGAAGUGAAGACUCUGUUGUGGGAUCUAGCUUGGAGCAUUCAACCUCAGAUGGUGAGCCUGGAAAAGAUGAAUCAUGGGUUCCAUUUAGAAAACUGAUGCCUGGGCGCAGGAAGAAAAAGUCGGAUGGAAAGCCAGAACCAGCUCAUCUUAAACAAGCAAGAGAAGACAUGGCAGAAACAGCUGAGGAAGAUUCUGAUGUUCCAGCUGUUGUUCCUUUAUCUGAAUAUGAAGCAGCAGAACAGGAGAAAAUGGAAGCUCAACGAGCAAAAGAUGCUGAAGUGACAAGAGAACAAACCUCAGAGGAAGAGAGAGCAGAAAAGUUAGAGGAGACCCUGAGGAUGGGGCAAGGAUCUGAAGGGCUGGUACAUGCAGUUGCUGUUACCCUUGUGGAAGAAGAAAGGGCAGUGAGCAGCAUUGAGGAAAGGUCACCAUCAUGGAUAUCUGCUGCUCUGACAGAGUGCAUUGAGCAGGUGAGAGAAGAGGAGGAGAAAGAAACUCAGAAAACAACUGAACCGGCUGUUACUGUGGAGGAUGCAGUGGUAGCUGCUGAGACAGUGCCAGAGACUAGAAAGGAUGUAAGUGAUGACACCACAGCAAGUGAGCUGGAACUAACCUCCGAAGCUGUGACUGCUCUGGAGACAGCAGAAGCUUCCUGUGCUGAAGAAACCAUGGAAGCGUCCCUUGCCGAGGAGACAACUGAGAUGGUUUCUGCUGUUUCACAGUUGUUGGAAACCCCAGAUACUACAGAGGAAGCUACGCCAGUUCAAGAAGUAGAAGCCACUGAACAAAAUUUGAAAGAAUUGGACAAACAGACGCAAAAAGUUCUUCAUGAAGUUGCUGAAAGAGUAAAGUCAGAUGUAACACAGCUGGUUAGUGAAAGAGCUGUGACAGAAACUAUAAUUACAACAGUACAGGGACUUGAGUCAGAAGUGAAAGGUGGUGCUAAAGAUGGGAACGUUGUCAGCCAGGAAACGGUUCUGCCUGAGCAGUCCUUGGAAAAAGAACACAAAGAGGAUGGUCCCCAGCCCCAGCAAAGUGCAGGGAGCAUUCAGGGCCAAAACAGAGUCGAAGAGAGUGUAUUAUCUGAAGGUUCAGAGAAAAGUGAAGUACCUUCUGCAAUGCAGGAAAGCACAGAUGGAUGUCAAGGACAUGUAGAAGACCAUAAAGAAGUAAAUGAAGUGCAGACAACAACAGAGGAAACUUUAUCACGUGAUGAAGAGUUUCACAGCAUCAAAGCCAUCACUCCCAAGGAAGAGCUGUUUGCAAACCAGGAGCCUUCAGAACAAGAGAAACUGCCCAUUACAGAGUUGACACUGGAUGAGACAAGAGAUGAAUGUGCUCCAGAAGGAAAGCCUGCAGUUCAGGACAAGACAGAGGAUGAAACCUCUUCCUUGGGGCUUACAGCUGAAAAGCUUGAAGGAAAGGGCAGAACGCUUACUGUGGGAUCAGAGUGCACAGAAGCAGUUGUCACUCUUAAAACUGAGAAACAAGAUGGAAUUCCUGACUCAGAAGAGCAAGUUUGUACUAAAGGAGUUCCUAGCAGGACGCCUGCCCUGAGAGAGGAAGAUGAUGCUGUGCACAACGGAGUAAAAAGCACAGAAGUCACUGUUCCUGACGUUCUACUGCAGAGCGAGGGAAAAACCUCUGCCCUUCCUUCAAAAACAGUUGGCUCAGAAGCAGCUGCAGAUGCUGAGCAGAGCAUGAGCGAUGGGUCUGACAGGGACAUUGCAGCAAAAGAUUCUGUGCCUGUCACAGAGCCACAAUGCAGAGACAAAACAACUGAAACCCCCUCCAAGAGUGAUGAAGUGGAAGCUGCUGUGCUCAAAUCUGAAACGCAGUUGGAGAGCACUUCCAUUGUUGCUGAGGCUCCCGUGCAGAUUAAAGCAGAUGGGACAUCUAAUGUAUCAUCAAUGUGUCCAGAGAUUGUUGAAAAUGGAAGUACUGUUAUCACUGAUAAAAGUCUUAAGAAAUGUGAAACAUCCAGCAGUUUGACUGGAGAAGAGUCUGUGGGAAAAGGACAAGAACUUGUAGAAACCUUGAACUGUCAAGGUUUCCAGAAAGAAGAUAAGAAAAAUGAGCAAUUGCUGGAUGGAGCCAAAGAAGGAUUUGAAUAUGGAAAACAGGAAGCUGUGAGACAUGAUGAAUGUUCAACUGCUGUGCAACAAGAGGGAGGCUCUGACUCAGCCUUUCCACAGGCUGAAAGCUUGGGGGCUCUGAAAACACCUGUGACUCUAGCAGCUGCAGCAGGUGGAGAGCAUGUCGUGGCAGAAACCGCGACACGGACAGACGUGACAGCCAAAACUGUACAGCCCUUGGCAACCACACCAGAGCAAAUGGCUUCUGAAGAGGUCCCAGUUUCUAAUACUGACUGUUCAGGCUGUGGGACUGCAAAGCUUGGUAGUGUGGAGGCACCCAAGCCUAGAGUAACUUGUGCUUCCAUGAAUGGGGUAUCAGAGGAGCAAGAGCAGCCCCAGAGCACAGGGCAAACCGAACACAAUGGCAUUCUUUCCAGUCACAGUCUGUCUCCCAGCCACCCAGAAUUUCAGGAGCAUGUUGUUCAGUCUGUGAUCAUAGAGUCCCAGAGCACAAAAAUUGUAUUGAAUGCCAUCCAGUCAGCUGUUAACAAACUUGCAGAAACAGAAGAAGAGUCGGCUGCCCUUGAGUCAGAGGAGAGCAUUAAGUCCGUAGGGAAAAGCCCAUCAGAUAUAAUUGUACCUGAACUUCUGGGAAGUACACAGGUAGAUCAACAGCUUCCAGUAAAAGAGGAAGAGAUACGAAGUAAAGAACAAGAGCUCAAGCAACCAGGAAUAGUGAAAACUGCUACCUUAACUGAGUCUGCAGAAAUUCAUGCGACUGUGGAAAAAACAAAGGACAUGCCUUUAAUUUCUGAGAUGCUGAAAGAUGGGCAAAGUCAGAAUUCUUCAGCAGUCGUGACAAGCCCUGAAGAAAUUUCAAGGGGAAGUGUGAGACUUCAGAAAUCAACCCUAGAACAGAGUACUUCAGAAGAUUCAACCAAAGACACCCUAGACAUACACACACCAAAAUUAAGGGAAAAAGAGGUUGGGUACAUUAUGGAAAUCUCAGACCAACAUACAGGACAGCAAACGUGCAGAGAAAAUGAAGAACAACCAUAUCAUCCACCAAUGGAAGAUGGGAAAACACAAAUGUGGGAGGAUGACAGUUGUCAAGAAGGAACAUCUUGUGAUAGACAAAGUCAGAACUCGGUGGCUCUGACGCCUUGAAUAUGUGCUAAGCAUCCAUGUGGCAUGUGGAGAGAUGCCAGUCCUAGAGAACAACUGACAAUCCUGCCACAGAACCAGGAGCUUUAUUCACUACCCUUUAUUCUUGGAUGUUAACAUCUCUUCUUUUGAAGACCUCGCAUUGCCAUUUUUGUUAAAAAACAAUGCCUUUAAUACUGGCUGUAUCCAUACCUGUGUUCCAUUUGAAGAUUGUUUGUCUCUGCCCAAAAUAAUCCAUUAAGACUGGAGAUGCGCCACUGAGUGACUGGGCAGACCACUAGAAUUUUUGCCAUGGUUAUUACUGUCCCCUCAUUUAAUGUGUGUCCUGUCUGUCCGGUCUCCUUGAAUCCCUUCACUUGCCCCUGAAUCUCCCUCCCUUCUUUAGCAGUCUCCCUUGCCCCUCACAUCUUUCCUAGCUGCCUUGAUCUGACCUGUGAAUGGCUGUAGGUGCUACUCAGCUUGUGUGUGAGGGGGAAGAAGAGGGCUGACUUAUGAGAACACAUGAGACUUCUGGAUACGUCUGUCAAACAGCAGGAACUGGAUCACGCACAAAUUGUUGAGCAAGGUGCUCAAGUUUGCUGCCUUUCAGUCCCAUUCAGGUAUCUCUGUCCAUCUUUCAGUUGUAUUUGUGCAGGCCUGAUUCACUCAGAAAUUAUAUCUACAGUGUAGCUGUGAAAGGAGAUGGAAAAUACCCUUCCCCUGUUGUUCCGGACUUCAGGUCUCAGGACUGGACUGUAAUGUAUUGAGUAUUUAUAUGUAUGUCUUAAACCCAGUUCUGAUUUUAAUGUAGAGCAAUGAUACUUCUGUACUGUUUAGGCAUUCCCUUAAAUGAAUAUUGUAGAGUAGCCUGGAGAGGAAAUUGAUACUUAUUGGAGCAGAAAUUGAUAACAUGUAGUUUCCUAUUUAUUGUUCCAGGUUUUUUCCCCCUGUAAAAUCUCUCAAAAAAUUUGGCUGUCUUGCUUUGAAUAUUUAUAUGUAUAUCCUAAACCCAGUUCUGAUUUUAAUGUAGAACUAUGAUACUUCUAAUGACAAAAGGAGAGCUCUGACCUGACCCACUGCUCGCUUCUACUUGCAGCCCUCCCUGGUUUCUGAGAACCCUCCAGACACCACCAUUUCACCAUCACCUUGUUCUUGUGCCUUUGUAUCUCACCCCUCUCAUUCCAAGCUCUGCUAAUUUCUGGUGACUGCCCCAUCCAAUGCAAAGCCUUUCCCUGCCCUAUAAUGUCUUAACAUCUUCUCUGCAUACACACUUCCUUCUUUCCCAAUCUCUGCCUGAACUGUUUUCCCACCACACCAUUUUUUGAAAUUGUCCCCACUCCUGACAAUUCUCUGUCUUUUCUGAGGCAGAAGUAAGAAGGAGGAAAAAAGGGACUUGGUAAUGAGUUCUGCCUUGAAUUUCAAAAAGCUGAUGAGAUUUUUGGGGUACUGAGGUCUUAAAAAGCUUCGUGAAAGGUGGAUUGGGACUGACAGCAGGUGAGAUCAGAAUGGGCAGGGUGAUAUAAAGAUACUUAGAAGCCCCAAGACUGAGAAUCCUGGGAUGUCUGUCCCCAACAGGAAUUGGUCCUCUCCUUUGUUGUGUACGUUAAAAUCGAACAAGGGGUACAAGUCAGUACUUUCAGCUCUGAUUUCCAAAGUGAAGGUUACAGAUCACACAUUGUGAAACCAAUGCCCAUCAAGUUGAACAAUAGCUCACUCUCAUACCUGUAUAGUAAUUUAUUUUAAAAUCAACUUUAGUGUACAAAUGCUCUUGUUACGGCAGGUGCUGGCCUCUUCUCGAGGCUGCACGUCCAGCAAGCGAUAUGACUGAUUGCACUGGUGUGAUUGCACCAUCUGGUGCUGCCCUGCGUGGAAGCAUCAAAAGAUUUUUCUUUACCUCAGAGCGAAUUAUAUAAAUAUUUAAAGCCAAACAAUGUGGUUUCAAACAAUCCAGUCUAUCUCUGUCCAUUGGUAGCGGCAGCUUUCCCCCUUAGCUUUGGGCGAUUCCAAAAACCUCAGUUGAUUUCCACACGUUUAGGUUGGCUUGCAAGGUAAUGAUGCUCUUAAUAACACCUCACAAGUGCAAACUUGGCUGAAUUUGUACAAAUUGUAUACCUAUGUACCUUAAGCCGUAUUGCAAUAACUGCAGCAGGUAAAACAAAAUAACAAAAGCAUGACCUGUGUAAUCCUGAUUCUUACGUUUGUAGCUCCAAAGCUGUUAAUAAUAUGUAAAGUUACUUCUUGUCUGAACCUCAUUUAAAUAAAGCUAGCUUUACCACAAUGUAAAUUGUCUGUUGGUAGUAAUUGAGCAGGUAAGGGCUUUUAACUUGCCUGUUUUCUCCAUUAAUCCAUGGCCUAGGUAAGCAAUGCAACAAACCUAACUAUAAAACAAAUACAAAAUCUUCUUUUUAUAACUGACAGCUAGAAAUACCUGCUGCACCCAAAACCACGCUAAUGGUGCAGGGAGCAUGUCUCCACAAAAAGAUACUACUUUGUUCCAGUGUAUUGCUUUGGCCUCUGAAACUCUCCUUGAGACUGUGACUUCUGGCUUGUGCUUAAAAGCUUGAAGCUUUCUCUAAUCCAAUGUAUUGGGUUACUAAAUUUGAUUUUGUGUUUUUAAGGUAGAUUUCAUUGAUUAAAUAAAAUGCAACUACAAAUUUGUUCUAA